GAGCGGGAAGGAGGCGUGUGCCUGCGGCGCGGCCCCGAGGCGUGUGCGCGGCCAUGUGCGCUUAGCGCAGCGCGCUCUUCCCUCAGUACCCCGGCCACGACCCUCCGAGCCCCUGGAGCCCGGGUAACCAGGCCGCCGGCGCCGGCUCGCGGGGACCCGCCACCCUGGAAGCCCCGCGCACACAGCGCAUUCCUGGUAAAGUGAACAGAGUUAUCUGUGACAUUCCAUCAGGCACCUAUGUAACGAAAUCAUACCGUAAUAACUCACCAUGGCGUAUGGAGUGCCAAGAAAGAACACAGUGAAAACCAUUUUGCGGGGCAGUUGUUAUAAUGUUAUUUGAUAUCAUACUGUUUAUAAGAAUAGCCAAGUGAAGAGGAACAGAAUGGUAGUAGCGCUCUUUGGAGUUCAUUUGCCAAGACAGGAACCUUGGGAUAUUGCACUGCUUGCAAAGACCUGGUACACGAACCUAGCCAAUAUCAAGUUGCCUUUCUUGGAAGAAAUUUCAUUUGGUGGUUCUGUGCAGCUCACAAAAUGUACCACCAUUAAAGACGGACUGCUCCCUUCUGCAGAAUCUAUCAAACUCGAAAGGGAGUAUGAAGUGAAGCGUCUUUGUAAACUGAAGUGUCAAGAAAAUACAUCUAAGGAAAUUCAGCUUCUCCUGAGGGAAAGGCCAGCCGGUUUGAGAAGACCUCUUCCAUCUAAAUGACAGUCAGUUCAUGAUUGAAUCUGUACUCUGUCUCUUGCAUCCAAAGGGCAUGAAGGUCUCUGGACCUUUCACUAUGUAUAGUUCAGGGCAGAUAUUUGAAUGCCCACUGGUGGAUGGGCCACUGCCCACAGCUGUGGGUUAGUAGCCAGUUCUGACAGAUCUUCUGAGUCCCUGACAUACUCUUGUUCCUUGUGUCACAAGCGACAGCACUGUAAGUAGAUGAAAAUACAUUUGGAGUUGAGUCGUU